CACGCACUCAGACUCCCUGGGGGCACGCGGUUAUCAUCCUAGUCUCCAAAUCACAGCCAUCUCCUCUCACAGUCUUCUCCCAAGUCACCGGCAUCUUCUCUUACACUCAUCUCUCACAGACACCACCCCAGUUGCAGGCAUCUCUCUCUCCGCAUCUCACCGAUCACUUCUGACUCGUAUACCAUCGUAACGUUUUUCUCCAUCGUGGCCGCCAGGGCUGAGGCAGCCGAGGAGGCAGGAGGCGGCAAUCGCGGGACUCAUCACAGCCUCUCGACGCGAAGAGAGCGGUGACGGUGCGAAUCCAGAGGAGCCGACUUCUCGUCACUGAAGCGAGUCCCAAGAUUGGAGGAGAGACGAAGAGGACACGAGGAGCGGAGGAGGAGAAGAGAGAGGAGAGGGGUCUGCAUGGACGUGCUGCUGCUAACUCUCCUGCUGCCCUUCACGCUGCCCGGCCGCGGGGUGCCUGUGGUGGCCCAGGCAGGUGUAACGGUGCCACAGGGAUGGGGAGACGAGGGGGCCAUACCCGGCGGCGCGGUGGCGGCGGCGUCGUGGCGGUGGCGAUGCCGGCGCUGCGCAUGCCACAACCUCGCAGACCGGGAGUGCAUCUACUUCUGCCACCUGGACAUCGUGUGGGUGCACGCACCCCGCCGACGAUUGGUGCCGUACGGGGUCACGGGGUCGCGGGUUCGCGGACGGCGAGAGGCUGCCACGGGGUCGCAGAGCCCAAGCCGCUGCCUGUGCCUCUUCCGCAAGGACAGGGCCUGCACCUCCUACUGCAAAAUCCCAGCCCCACGGCCACCCCGGGCACCACACCGCCUUGAGGUCUCGAGCUGAGCCACGCGGAUCGGGGUAGCACCAUGAGGAGACCGCGAGCCGGCAUGGGGGGGGCGCCAUGCCCCACCACCGACCCAGCCUCCAUGCAGCUGAAUUGACCAUUGGGGGUCAUUUGACCGUAGUUUGCCGUGCCUGCUAGUGUGGGUUUUGGCGAAGGGGGUGUUGGGGCUCAGGAUAAUUCCAGAUUUAAUUCGUCACCACUGAUGUUAGCUGUGGCCAGAACUUCAACUUGGGUCGCCGGGGUGAUGGCGUGGUGCGCGCACCCUCUCGGUAUCUAAACCGCUACGUCCGGCCACAAUCCUGAUCAGCUCGAGUCGCUGCACAGAGUUCCCGCGCUGCCGGUGGGACUCCUGCGGUGGUUCACAGGGUGGUGGCCCAGCAGGUGAAUGAGAUCAGAGCUCAACGCAGCUCCCCGUGCUCUAGGCUCAUGCAAUGCCCAUCGCCGAACGCAUAAACAUUCCACAUUUAACGCUUCACCCGCACACACUCAACAACGGUUGUAGUCUAGCUGGUGAACGUUUAGCCUCUACAUGAGCAGAGCUGUUUACCCCGCCUAUGAUUCAGACUCUGCGUGUUACUUGCUGAAGACGUGUGAACCAUUGUGUUGAAUCUGUAUGCAACCGACAGCUGUGAGACCCGAGUUACAUUACUGGAAAGUCUCAAUGUCUAAUGUAAUACAAAAGACGUUUGAAUAUUCGCGGGGGUUACGAUAUUCAAAACUUAAUGCUUACCUAAAUAAUAGGGUUAGGUACACAGCAACCAAAAAUUAAAAUAAGUACUAUACUGUAUGGCAAAAAUUGAAAGAAACGUGCAAAAACCCUAUACAAAAAAACAUUAUUAGACAAUAAAUAGUAUAAAUACUGAAUAAAUACUAUACUUACCAAUGAUAAUGAUGAUCUAAAGCUGGUGUGUUUAUUUGUCAGCGAGUGGGGAGCGGUAGUGCUACGGUUCGCACGCUACGAACUCGGCGACCCAAGUUCGAUUCCCACUCACGCCCAGCACCAGUCUCCCCUAGGUCGACUCAGUCUUAAAUGAGUACCUAGGCGACAUUUGGUGUUGCCCAGCCGGCCUUCAAAGGUGCUUACUAACAGCACUUGCCAAAAACGUAUGUUAAGGCUAUAUGGGUGAUCUUUGUCUUUGUCCGCGAGAUUUUUGCACGGCAAAGGGGGCGAGGUUCGACUGCCUCGGGUCCCUCGCCCACUCCGCACCGCGCGGUACCAGCCAAUGGUGCAGUACUGCCAGGUACAGUAUACCUGCGAAAGGCCAAAGCUAACCCCCGCGAUAGCUAGAUUGGUAUAAAAAAAUGUUGCCCAUGAUAGGUCGAAACAGAGAACGACAAAUCCGCGAUAUUCAAGGGUCUCUUGUAUUUAUUUGACUUUCAUUGUAAUGAUAAUUGCUCGCCAAAAACGUGUGUUGUGUUCCUGUUUCUGCAUUUGAUACGGUAAACAUAACGGCCGUUCCAAAUCGUACACAACAUUCUGGGUUAGUUGAUAUUAUUCAGGUAGAAAUAAAUUGUUUUUCUUUAUUUAGGUUCUCAACGCAAUGGUUUAGUUUGAAGCAAAGCUUCGUGAGGUGUCUCGAGUCGCGGGAGCAUUUGGACGGCAGCUGCACGAGUUGAAAAUAAUGUGUCCUGACGUCUCGGUGUGUCCCAGCUCUCGCCGGGUUGCACGCUCGCUCACGUCGGACCUAGCAGGGCUCGUAGCCACCUGCGUCAUGAUCUCUGCGUCUCCCCACUUGUUUUUGGGAGGAGAGGCAGGCACGUGACUGUGUUGUAGAUACGAUGCCCCUAUCGAGGUGAGCAGGUGCACUACUUGUUGGGAGCUGUGCGUGUGAGCGUGUGAACACGACUCGCGCCACAACGUGCCGGGGGGCGUGGAUGAGUUUGGCACGCGCGUGCUCUGGUGGGGCACGCACGCACACGCGUGUUGUUGUUGACACGAGUACACAUGUAUGUGUUUAUUUGAGGAGCACACACAUGCCCACAUCGUCUCUAUGGAUGCAGGUGCGUUCAUCAACACCGUCUCGCUUCUCAGGACCACGUGGAAAAUAGAGAUGCGUUCUUUGACAGCACUUUCAUGGAUAUAUCCAUUAAUCCAUUGGUUCUUAACCUGGGGUGCACCCACCCCCUGGGGAUGCCAGAUGCCCUUUCUGGGGUUGCGAGACAUGGGAAGAUAUUUUUUUAAGGUAAAUCAUUGAAAACAAAUUAAGCACGGGCAUGUAAGUACAACUACUGUGUUUCAUCAAACCCCCAUGUAUUUAUCAAAACAUUAUUUUAGGAUUGAGAACCAAAGGGGUGCAGGCUGCAAUAAAGGUUAAGAGCCACUGCAUUCACCGGUAGUAUAAGAUUAUGGCAGAAAUCGAUUUAACUGGGAUGUUGAAGCCUGGGCUGUGUCUAUCAAACAGGGAAGGGUGCUACGUUACGACUUGCUCACUCACACCGCCAGACGGGACGACGGAAGGUGAUUGAGACUUACUCCGGAGUAGAAGCCAAGGGACCGAGAGGACGUGCAUCGCGAAGAUGGAAGCGAUGACAUCAAGUCGCGCGCACCUGCAACACGGAUCCGUUGCAUCGCAAGUCCUUGAGAUAUGCGAUGGCUCUCGGGAGACCUUAUCUAGCAGUGGAUGGAUCUCAGCUGGUGAUGAUAGUGAUGGUCAACCCUCUGCAAUAGUCGUGUGAUAUCAAGCAAAUGGCAACAUAUUUAAGCAAUUAAAAUUCUGCAAACGCUCAUCAUUCUUGUUUCAGUGGUCUUGCAUGGUCUGGUGUUGGGUAUCUUUAUUCGGUGACAGCCAGACUGGCAAAACACGGUGGGAAUUUGAGCCGAGCGGAAUGUGAAACUGGUGUUCGUAGGUGCAGUCCUGGCCGAUCUGGAGAACCCAUAUUGUGAUCCCGACUGGAUACCGCGCCCUGAUCGCCCCAAGCCGUGAGGCAGCGCUGGUUGAGGAGUUGUCACUCGCGAUGGUUCACGCGAAGGCCCUCCCGGGUGCUGAUGCCACGUUGCUUCACAUGAGCAGCGCGCUACACGCAUGUAAGGCGGCUAUCCUGCUGCUGCUGCUGGGUUGGCAGUGGUGCACAAGCA